CAACAAUCAACCUGAUUACUGAAUGACUCAUAUAAAGGCAGCAUUUCUUUCUUCCAGUGCAGAGCUUCUGUGUUAAUGUGAAGGCAGUGCAGAAAACUGACUAAAGAUGUCUGGCCGUGGAAAGAAAGCUGCACCUAAACCGAAAAGCAAUGUAUCCCGGUCCAUCAGAGCAGGCCUCAGUUUUCCAGUGGGCCGAAUCCACAGGCUACUGAAGAAAGGCAACUAUGCCGAGCGAAUUGGCAGUGGCGCAGCAGUGUACUUUGGGGCCGUACUGGAGUAUCUCUGCGCAGAAAUCCUGGAGCUUGCAGGAAAUGCCUGUCGUGACAACAAGAAGCACCGCAUCUCCCCUCGCCACAUCUUGUUGGCAGUGAAAAAUGACGAAGAGCUCAACAAACUGCUCGCAGGGGUCACAAUCUCUGAGGGUGGCGUCAUCCCGAAUAUCCAGGCAGUCCUUCUCCCGAAGAAGACCAAGGGGACCAAGGAUGACAGCUCAGCGAAAGAUGUUCAGUCUCAAGAGUUUUAAUUGUGAAUUCUUUUUAAAAAAAAUUAUACAUAAUAAAAGUUUUUAAUUUUUAAAA